AUGAAGGGCAGCAAAGAGACGUCAGGGUUGAAUUGGCAGGCCGAAAAUGGUGCAUGGAGCCAGGACAUGGUGCGACAAGCGUACGCACCAUCUUCCCCGGGAGCAGAGGGUAUAGAAGAGGCUCAUGCCUGCAAUGAGAAUGAGCCAGAUGAUGACGGUCCCAAUGUAGAGCCACUUGAUAAGGUGGGCCUUGAGUUUCAUGAGCAGCCAGAGCUGCAUCAAAAACUGGACCAGCAACGAAAACCUGCAGCAGAUAACAGCUGGUCAAAAGGUUGCGCCGGACGCGGCAAAGCACGGGUCUCCUUGGUGGCGGGUUCGGAAGAAGCCCGGGCUGGCUCGUACGUGACAAACUGCAGGCAGAUGGGUACGGCGUAG